CCCUGUAUCAAGUUUCGGCUGUCAAAAGCUCCACAAUACAGCUCUUAAAAUUAAAAUUUCAACAAGAACCAGAAUCUUCAUUUCGGCGUUCGAUUGCGCGACGGAUAGAUAUGGCGGGAGUGCUGGAAGUACAAAAGAGACCGGGAGGACGGCCGUUGGGCCCCCCUCCGAGAGGUCCUCCUCCUCUUCAGCCAGUUGAUCGUGAAAAGACUUGUCCCUUAUUGCUUCGCGUUUUCACGAAGAUAGGAAAUCAUCAUUCCAAGGAAGAAUUUGCAGUGAGAGGCAAGGAGCCCAAGGAUGAGGUUCAAAUCUAUACAUGGAAGGACGCCACACUUCGGGAGUUAACUGAUCUGGUCAAAGAGGUGGCUCCAGCAGCAAGGAGAAGAGAUGCAAGAUUGUCCUUCGCUUUUGUAUAUCCUGACAAAAAUGGCCGCUUUGUGGUGCGAGAGGUUGGAAAGACCUACUCUAACAGAAAUGGGAAAUUAGAUGAUGGCAAAGCAUUGGCUGAGCUGGGCUUCCAGAUUGGAGAUUACUUGGAUGUUGCAAUUCUAUAGUGAAGUUAUUUAUUUUUUGCCGUUUUUAAUGUGUUUUAGGGCGGUGCACCAUUAGGAUGAUUUGGGAUAUCAGUUUAUGCCUGAGAAGGAAGGGACUAUUGCUAUGAUGGUACCAGUGUUCUAUUUGCCAAAGUAGUUAGAAAAUUAAAAAGGGAUGAGUGUCGGCGAAUCAUUAUAAGUAAACAGGUAGUGGUAUUUUCCAUUACAUCAGAACACUCAUUAAUGUAUUUUGACAUGAAGCUUGAGCUUUAUUUGGAGUUUGUAAAGCUAUUGAUGUAAGUUGUGAUCUUAUAACCUAAGGAUCCAAACUCAUCCUAUAGGUUCUAUUGUAAAUGUAUCAAUAGAAUUUUGUUGUGGGCUUUCCUGUUUUCA